AAAAAUAAAAACUUUGUAUCCAUUUCCAACAUCUCAGGGUGUCGUGAAGAUUCACGUCCUGCUGCCCUGCAAUGCGAGACGGAUUUUAUUCGCUCCCAGCAGAAACUAUAGCCUUACGUAAUAUUAUAAAUGUUUUGUCUUGCAUUCUCUAAAGAGACGAUCAACUAGUUAAACCUGAAACUAGAACCAUUCCUAUAAAUCUCCGUUCACAUGGUGACAUGUUGCAUUAGAUAGAUUUUCAAACGGGAAUAAUUGCUCCAAAAAAUAAUCUGGAAACUAUUUGAUUGAUCGGUUUUGGUAGGAUUUUGAAGCAAAAAGACCAUGUUCCAGCUAAUAAAUAAAACGAUGUACCUGUAUAUCCUCGGACUGGUGGCUUCUAGGUUCGUCUAUCGCUGGUACAAGGAAAGCAAAAGAGUGACCAACAAAAAAGAGAAAUAUGUCUACAUCACCGGCUGUGACUCUGGGUUUGGUAAUCUCCUCGCGAGACACCUGGACGAGUUGGGCUUCAAUGUAAUUGCGGCCUGCUACACUGAGAAGGGUGAGGAUGAGCUGAAGAAGAUCACCUCCGACAGACUGGCGACCGUUCACCUGGAUGUUGCCGACUCUGAGAGUGUCGAACAAACGGCAGCUCACAUCAAGACUCUGGUUGGACAGAAGGGCCUGUGGGCGGUCGUGAACAACGCUGGAGUCGCUCUGCCGUCUGGUCCCACAGACUGGCUCACGAUAGACGACUACAAGGACAUGAUAGCUGUCAAUCUGUGCGGCGUAAUCGACGUGACACUGAGUGUCCUCCCUCUCGUCAAGAAGGCCAAAGGCAGAGUGGUGAACGUGGCCAGUGUGUUUGGGCGAGUCAGCCCGUUCGGCGGACCUUACUGCGUGUCCAAGUUCGGAGUGGAGUCCUUCAACGACAGUCUGCGUUUAAACAUGGCACCAUUUGGCAUUAAGGUUGCAUGCAUUGAGCCAGGCUUCUUCAAAACCAAUGUGACUGAUACAGUGGCUAUGAAGAAUAACUUGGCAAUGCUGUGGAACAGAUUACCUCAGGAAGUGAAGGACGGCUAUGGACAUGAUUUCUUGAACGCAUCUAUUGAGAUGUUGGAACACAGGUUUAACAUGUUGACUGACGGCAACCUGAUGAAGGUGGUCGGCUGCAUGGAGCACGCCGUCUCUGCCGUUUAUCCCCGUACUCGCUAUUCUGCUGGCUGGGACGCAAAGUUCUUCUGGUUGCCUGCGUCGUACAUGCCAACCUGCAUCUUAGAUAGGCUUUUUCGUAGAAAUAGCCCCAACAUGAAACCAGAACUAUCUGCUUUGUAGUUUCUGUCAAAUCGGCUGUUUUGAGAAAAAACCGUGGGCUAAUUUAAAGAUCUGUUACAAGUCUUUUUAUAUUUACUGCAAUAAAUGUUUGUACAUGAAGGAUUACGCUGUCGAAAAUAUAUAAACACUUUCUGUAUUAUCAAACAUGUUUGGCUCUUUAAUAUAUCUUUGACUCCAGAGACAUUACCAUGCCUGCUUUAUGGAUCAUAAAAUCUAAUCUAAAUGCCUCACAGAUAACAGCCUUUGAACACCGACAGUAACUUUUGAUUAUUAGUUGUAUGAACUGAAUCGACGUAAAGCUUUUGUUCUUGAUGGACUUUUGCUCCUCUGCAUGUAUUUAAACCCUCUUCAGGAUUUUUAACUUGAUUUUCCUUCAACAUCAAAUUCAGAGAAAAGUCUGUAACCUUUGUGCAGAGUUAUUGUUUUCAGAGUGUAUUUGAGGUAAGAGGGGAAUGCAGUUAUCAAAACUACAGGUCCUUGUAAUCUGGUGUUGUCUGUUACACAACUGCAUGUUGGUGAAACAUUUAACCCUGAUGUUGUAUCCACUAUGGACCUUGACACUGCAGACGCACUAACAAAACGAUCAUCGUGACACCCUGACACAACUCGACUGAGGAUCGUCAAUACAUUCAAAUUAUUCCCAGACGAUCAUUUUAAAGACCUGUAGCCAUGGUAUGUUUGCAUUAUUAUUUUACACGACUGAAAUGAGUGUUACAAUCUGUGCAGAUUGGUUUUAUCUGAUCUCCACUGCUAACAUGCAGUACAGUGGAGAUUAAUGGGCUUUUCUUUGUUGUAAACAAAGCAUCACAAAUAAAAAUGUUAUCCGUAUUACACAUUAUAUUCUUGCAUUGUUAUUACUGAUUCACUUGUGAGUAAUUAUCAUUUUGCUGUGUGGUUUUAAUAAAUAUUUGAUCUGA